AUGGGUAUAAUCAUCUACGAGUUCUUGAUUGGUGUUGUGCCGUUUCUGGGUGAAACACCUGAGCAGUUGUUCGCGAACAUAAUCAGCGAAGAGGCGGAGUUCCCCGAGGGGGACGAGGCACUGCCCGUCGAGGCCGAGUCGCUGAUAGCGCUGCUACUCGAGAAGAAUCCCAACGAGCGACUGGCCACGGUUGGCGGCGCUCAGCAAGUAGGGUUUUUGUUGAUGUUGUUGCUGCAGCUGCAGCUGCAGCUGCUGCUGCUGCUGCUGCUGCUAUACCCGACCCCAUAA